CAGGAGUAGAGGGAAUGCUUCACCAUGGAAUAUGAAGUCAAGAAAGGGAAGAAGGGUUUUGUAUCCCCCAUCCGAAGGCUAGUCUUCCCCAAGGCUGGGCGCCGGGCAGCCUUUCGGAGCAGCGUGAGUCGCCGGCCCCUGCACUCAAUGCCCCUUUAUCCCCCUGACUACCUUAUCGACCCCCAGAUUCUGCUGUGUGACUACCUGGAGAAAGAGGUCAAGUUCCUGGGCCACCUCACCUGGGUGACUUCCUCACUGAACCCCUCCAGCCGGGACGAGCUCCUGCAGCUGCUGGACACGGCCAGGCAGCUGAAGGAGCUGCCGCUGAAGACCACGGCGGAGCAGGACAGCAUCCUGAGCCUGUCGGCUCGCUGCCUGCUGCUCACCUGGCGCGACAACGAGGAGCUCAUCCUGCGGAUCCCCACGCACGAGAUCGCCGCCGCCUCCUACCUGCAGGACGACGCGCUGCACCUGCUAGUGCUUAAGACGGGUCUGGGCGUGGACCCGGUGCCCGCCGGCGUGGACGCCAGCCCCGGCGGCGCGGGGCGCGACCCGGGCCCGCCGGGCGCGGUGCCGGAGAAGCGGCGGGUGGGCACGGCGGAGCGGCGCCACACCAUCUGCAGCCUGGACUGGCGGAUGGCGUGGGGCGGGGGCGCGGGCGCCGAGGCCCGGGCCGGGGGCGGCGGCGGCGGCAGCCUGGAGCGCCAGCGCGCAGGGGCGCGGGCGUCGGGCAGCUGGGAGCGGCGGCAGACGUUCAGCGGCAGCUGGGAGCGGCGGCACUGCGGCGGCGGCGGCGGCGCGGGCAAGCCGGGCGGCAGCUGGGAGCGGAGGCAGGCGGGCGGCGGCGGCAGCUGGGAGCGGCGCCACCCGGGCUCCAAUCCGCUCGACCCGCAGGACCCCAGCCCCGACGCCUACUGCAACCUGGUCAUCCUGGCUGUGGCCAACAGGGAUGCCGCCGAGGAGUCCUGUGCGCUCAUCUGUCAGGUCUUCCAGAUCAUCUAUGGGGACCAGAGCAUUGAGUGUGUGGACCGGGCCGGCUACCACUACAUGUCCACACCCGAACGGCCAUGGCUCUGCAGCCGCAGUGAGAGCUGCCACACGGAUGGGACUUAUGCCUAUGAUGCUGACUUCAGCUGCUGCAGCUCCUUCAAUGGCUCCCAGGACACUUUUGAAGCUUGUUAUAGUGGCACGUCCACACCCUCUUUCCAUGGCUCCCACUGCAGCAGCAGCGACCACAGCGGCCUGGGCCUUGAGCAGUUACAGGAUUACAUGAUCACGUUGCGGAGUAAGCUGGGGCCCCCUGAGAUCCAGCAGUUUGCGCUGCUGCUGCGAGAGUACCGGCUGGGGCUGCCCAUCCAGGACUAUUGUGCAGGCCUGCUGAAACUCUAUGGAGACAGGCGCAAGUUCCUCCUCCUCGGGAUGCGGCCCUUCAUCCCGGACCAGGACAUCGGCUACUUCGAGGGCUUCCUGGAGGGCGUGGGCAUCCGCGAGGGCGGCAUCCUCACCGACAGCUUCGGCCGCAUCAAGCGCAGCAUGAGCUCCACGUCUGCGUCGGCCGUGCGCAGCUACGACGGCGCGGCGCAGCGGCCCGAGGCGCAGGCCUUCCACCGGCUGCUGGCCGACAUCACGCACGACAUCGAGGCGCUGGCCCCCGACGACGACGACUCCCGGGACGGGAGCGACGCAGCCGAAGACAACUACUUGUAGCCAGCGCCCGUGAAGAGGGCGUGGAAGAGGGGGGGCGGCAGCCCGCCCCUGAGUCCCACUCACCCUUGCUUGUGGGACCCCAUCCUCAGGGACCCCUCCUCACCCCCUGGCCAGGCGUCUCCACCCAGGUCCCCGUCCCUGCUCUUGGGGCUCCGGUCCCUGCAGUACCGAGAAUGUCCUGCAGGGGGCGAGCGAAGCCGUAACCUAAACCCUUGGGCAGUCGCCCGGCGCUCGGCAGUGCUCUUGACCAGCCCGGGGAUGGGCGGGGGACCUACUUCGUUCCAGUAUCCCUGAAGGUUCGGCCCCAGGAUGCCCGCUUCUCUGCAGCUUUCUAGAGGCCCACGGAGGGAUGAAGAGUGGGCUCCACCUGCUGGUAGACUGAGGAAAGAACUUCCGGAGCCCAGAGACUGUUCAUCCUACUUUAGAGGUUGGGAAACUGAGGUUCAAAAAGAGGGGAAGGAACUUGAGGGAAUCUCCUGAUUCAAUUCAGAUAUGACCUCAAACUGACCAUACUAAAAAGUGGGAAGGGUCUUUUUAAGGCUGUAAAUGGCAGGGUCUCCCCUCCCUUGGUGGCAGAAAUUGCAUCAACGUGGAGUAGAGGUUUUUCUUCACUGAGGGUUGACUCGGGUGGGUGAUCUGGGUCCCAGUGCUGACCCUAAGACUCUGACCGAGUUGCUUAUUUCGAUCUUGGAUUUGGAGCCAGAUUUGGAUUUGGGAUGUUGGAUUUGGAGCCAGUAGAGCUGGGGCCCAUGUCUGGUUAGUGUCCUAGCCUCUCUGUGCCUCUGUUUCCUCGUCUGCCCAGUGAGGGCAGCUCCACAACCUCGCAGGGUCGUCAUGGGGAUUAAUGAAGGUCAAGACCUUACUGCUGGGUCUAGCAUAUGAUAAUCACUUAGUAAAUGCUUUUCCAUUCCACACUGAACACUUUCUCAGUUUACCUGUCUUACCUGGCAACAAUGGAUUGGAAACAGGUGGGAUGAGGGUUUUUUUUGUUUUUUGCAGCUGGCGGAUAAGGGGAUCUGAACCCCGACCUUGGUGUUAGAACACCGCGCUGUAACAACUGAGCAAACCAGCCAGCCCUAGAUGUUAAGAAUACCCUCAGGGGCUCACAGUUUGGGAAGAAGAAACAGGGCUUGUCCCUCUCAGCUCUAUUCCAGCCUGGCUCUGUGCUUGAGCCCCAAACAAGAAAUACCCAAGACUCCACAGACAGCCAUCUAGGGGUGUGGGGUGGUCAAAGAAAUCUGAAGGCAAGGUUGAAAAGAUAGACAAGUCAGAACAAGGACAGCACUCGCACAGCCUCAGAAAAGGCUUAGAGGCUAAAAGGAACAAAGCGUGAGAGGCGGCUAGAGACUGGCAUAGAAAAACUAAAACGUAUUCGUAAAACUUUACAAAGCCUUCCAUGGCCAGACAUGUACUUACCAUGAGGUUAGUACUGUUAUCACCAGUUUUCAACUAAUAUUGUUAUUAGGACUUCAGGUCUAGAGAGUUUCAUGAUUCAUAAUCAGUUUGUGGCAAAUGAUCAUCCUAUUAUCACUGUUCCACGCAAGACCCUUCUGAUGCUUUAUCCACCCUCCACCCCACUCCUAUCCAUGCGUUCCCCACACCCCUGCCCCCUCCCCACCAUGAGCAGCCAUCCCAACAUGCUGAUAAAUGUCCCUGGACAUAAGAUACAAAAUGCUCUGUGUGCAUAUUUACGCUGCAU